GGGUGGACUCCGGUGGAUUCGGUUAGUACUUUGGUGGUACUCGGCCGUCGGCGACGGCGACGACGACAGAGGCGACGGCGGGUCGGCUCCUCGUGUUCGAAUCGAUAAUUCGAGCGCGAUCGCGACGAGUAAAGAGACCCUUUAAAGGGGGGGGAAUCGCGGAUAGGGACGAUAAGAGCUCGCGGCUGGCCAUCGGCAUUCCCGUUGCUUAUUUUGUCAACGUCACGCUACCUAUAUCCGGCGCGACCGACGUACGUCUUCCGGUUGCAGCGGGCCUCGACAGCGGACGACGACCAUGACGAACGGCGAGCAAGGGUUACAGACAAUGAGGAACAGACCGCGUAAUCUGCAAGCGCGUCGCAGGAGGUGGCCUCUGCGACUGGGUCUGUUCCUGAUCUAUGUCCUCGUCCAGUACGUCACCUCCGCGAGGAUUGUACCAUCCGAGAUGACGCUCACCUCGAGUUCCGAGCAAUACGAGGGUUCGAUGUCGGAAUCGACAGAAUCUUUGCUCGCCUCCAUCAACGAGAAGGCGACGGAGGAAUCAUCGACGAUCCCGCCGAUGCCCAAGGAGGAGGUCACUGUGAUGCCGAUUUCCAAGUCGAAAGAAAUUGCCCAGGAAUCUAACGAAAACAAAUCUAACGAAAAGGAAUCUAAAGAAAAGGCGUCGAAAGAACAUGCGAAAGCAUCUGAGAAGAACGUGCGAGAUCAGUCGAAGGCAGAUAAAGAGGCUGGGAAGAAGGGGACUGCGACUCCUGCAGCGAAACCUGCCCGAAGCAGUAGCACCACUGUCACGCCAGUUAUCCAGACGAUUCCUGUGACGAAGCCUUAUCCAUACCCUACCGUGAGACCACGAAGAACUAAUUGUUCGGCACCCGCUAUAGAACAGUUUCCACGACCGUUGAUGGGACCGGAAGCCAGAAAACACGGCGGGCUUAUAAUUCACAUUGUGGUCGCAAUCUAUACGUUCCUAGGCCUCGCCAUAGUGUGUGACGAUUACUUCGUCUCGAGCUUGGAUAGAAUCUGCGAAGAAUUAAGACUGUCUCCCGAUGUCGCCGGAGCCACUUUCAUGGCAGCUGGCUCUUCCGCACCCGAAUUAGCGACGGUGAUCAUCGGUGUGUUUUUCGCCAAGGAUGAUAUUGGAGUGAGCGGCGUUAUCGGCAGCGCCGUUUUCAAUAUAAUGUUUGUUAUAUCGAUCUGCGGCCUAUUCUCCGCCACGGCCGCCAAAUUAAAUUGGUGGCCUCUUUGCCGAGACUGUUUUUUCUACGCCAUCUCGAUUCUCGUGAUGCUCGGCACUAUUUACAAUGAGUCCAUAUCUUGGCCAGAAUCUCUGUUCAUGUUGAUCAUGUACGCAGUCUAUUGCGUGGCGCUUUCAUUCAACGUUAAGUUGGAACGUUGGGCGAAGUCGUAUAACAUUCCAUUCCUGCCGAAGGACGAUGAACCCGCUGAGGAAAGUGCUCUGGUAAGUUACAGAUCCUUACAAGAGGAGCGGUUAUCCUACACCGGACCCAACUCGCCAAUCACCGAGCAAAUAAAGAAUCAGGAAGGAAAUGGUAUUCAAGAGACGAUCGAGCAACAGCAACAGCAACAGCAGCAACAAUCGGCACCGAAGCAGCCCGAGUACUAUAAAGCGAAGGAACCGGAUCCCAAUGAAGUGUCGCCUCUCGUGAUGCCGCCGGAUGGUAGUAAAUGGACCUUAUUCACCUGGGGUCUCGUGUACCCCAUCCAUUUCAUGUGUCGAGCAACGAUGCCGGAUUGCCGGCAAGAGAAAUGGCGGCGCUGGUAUCCCUUCACCUUCUGUAUAUCGAUGAUCUGGAUCAGUUUCUACAGCUACAUAAUGGUGUGGAUGAUCACAAUCAUAGGAAGCACUUUGGGCAUUCCCGACACUAUGAUGGGCUUGACUUUUGUUGCCGCUGGUGUGAGCGUGCCAGAUGCUCUUUCCUCGCUGGCGGUCAUAAAGGAAGGUCUCGGCGACAUGGCGGUCAGUAACGCCGUAGGUAGCAAUGUCUUCGACAUUUUGGUGUGCCUCGGUCUUCCUUGGUUCAUACAGACCGCCAUGAUACAGCCCGGUUCUCACGUAAACGUCACUAGCAGAGGCUUGACGUAUUCCACCGUUUCUUUGCUGUCGACGGUGGUAUUCCUGGUGCUGGCGACACACUUGAACGGCUGGAAGCUGGACCGGCGAUACGGCAUGGUUCUGAUGAUCUGGUAUUUGAUAUUUAUCGUGUUCGCGUCGCUCUACGAGCUCAAUGUCUUCGGCGAGAUGAAUCCUCCAGUAUGCCCCAGCGUAUUCUAAUGCAAGAUUCGCCUCGUUCGUUUCCGACCUUUGCUUUGCUCAAACGCGGAACGAUCGUCCGAAACUAAGGAUCAUCGUCUCGGUCGAUCGGAUCGCGAACGAUGACGCGCGCACGUAAAUCGCGACAAACGCUCAGCGAUUUCGUUCCCUUCACCCUUCCCCUUUCUACUCGAUGAGCGAAGGCGAACGGCAAGACGAGGGAUGAGUUUAGAAGCUAGUGUGCAUGUCGGAACAGGUAUAAUCUUUAGCUUGCUGCGGAAUUGAAGCGACUGUUCCAGGUUCUUUAGGUAAGAGAAAAAAAAGGGCUUGAGCUUUUUUUUUCUUUCUGGGCUGUUAUAGAGAAUGCAGACAAUACGUGCUCGCGCUGAGUACACAGGCAUUGUAUCCUCAUUGGUGCUAUCGAAAGUGACGAACGAGUAUUUUGCUUGCUUCCGUUCGAUCGGAUGCGGAUUUCUCACGGUUGAAUGAAAGUAAGCGGACAAGUUACGAUUUUUUCCAAGCAACGAAUAAUUGAAUCUCCCUCUCGGGAUAAAUGAGAGCACUCUCGGACAGACAAUACAACUGUACCAGUCAUUAUACCGGAUGUUAUAGUCACUAUAUGGAGUGUAUUGAGUUAUCGCGGACGGUUGUUUCCUAUAAUCAAAAAGUCGAUCGCGUUUUUCAAAUUGAUCGUUGUAAAGUUUCAACUCUCUUAAAUCUUAACUUUUAGUCACAGACCUUAUUAUGUACGUCGCGCGCGAAACUUGCUCGAAUCGAGAUACAAGAUGUGAUACGUUUUAUACAGCCAUAUUGCGCAAAUGCCUGAGUACCGUGGAAGGAAUGCGUUUUGACAAUUACUCGUUUUAUAUAUAUCCUAACAUUAUAUAGAUUAAAAAGAUACCAGUAGAUAUAUACGGCUUGUUAGAAUAGAUCUUAGAAGCGUCAUGUCUGCGGCUAAAUGUUAAGACUGUUAACGGUGCUCUAUAUCGCAUUGAAAAUUGAAAUUCAUGUUUUUACGGAAACGUACAUGCAAGAGUUUUUUUUUGUUGUUUUUAAUUGCUAUAUCGCAUUUGCAAACACAUAAGCGUGAUCCUUACAUUUUUUAUUUGCGUCAAUUAUUUUUCAAGAUUUUUAUUAUGCAUUUAUACCCAGUAAACACUGUUUGUUAGAAUAAUAUAACAUGAAAAUAACAAAUAAUAUAAAGCAAGUUAUCUACAUGAUAUGAAACCGUAACAUGUCAUAUUACUUUGCAACAUUACAAUAGUAAUGU